GGCCCCUCAAAUCCUCACCAAUUCUCGCUUCUCGGUGUUUCUCGCUUCUGGGUGAACGACGUUACAGCUAUCGUCGCUGGCCUGUAAAAGUGACGUGGGGCGUUCUAUACUAUAUUUGUCACUGACAGCCCCGAGUACCAGGAAACUGUUUAAUAGUUGCCCUUCCCUUUUUCUUCUUUCGUCACGUAGUAGUGUUACUAGACCCAGUCUACCUACUAAAUCAUCUUUGCCAUGAAUAUCAACGAACCCGUGCAAUCCGCAGCCCUCGCGCUUCCUUUCACGAAGGCUGCGGACCCCCUUGCUGAACAUCACCUAGAAGCAUUGCAUCUGCCCCUGUUGAAGUAUGUACCUCACGGCUUCCGAAACCAUUUCAUCGCUAUGUGCGGUGAGUACGUUGGCACAGUACUAUUCCUAUACUUUGCGCUCUCUGGAACCCAAGUCGCGAACAACAUUCCAUCAUCAUCAACGGGCAAGACGGCGGCACAGGUUGAAUCGAACCCGCAACAAUUGCAAUACAUCGCCCUUUCCUUUGGGUUCUCCCUAGCAGUAAAUGCAUGGGUCUUCUUUCGCAUUAGUGGCGGACUGUUCAAUCCAGCUGUCACCUUCGGAAUGUGCUUGAUUGGUGCCCUUCCAUGGUUUCGCGGUGUUCUUCUCGCGUUCGUUCAGGUCCUCGGUGGCAUUACGGCAGCUGCACUAGUAGCUUGCAUGUUUCCCGGCCCUUUGACAGUCCAGACAUCCCUCGGAGGUAGCACCACUGUAGUGCAAGGUCUAUUCAUCGAGAUGUUCUUGACUGCGGAGCUUGUUUUCACCAUCUUCAUGCUUGCGGCCGAAAAGCAUAAGGGGACGUUCAUUGCGCCUGUGGGCAUUGGCCUCAGCCUUUUCAUUGCAGAGUUGACCGGCGUGUACUUCACCGGAGGCUCCCUCAAUCCAGCACGUUCUUUCGGCCCUUGCGUCGUAAACCACUCCUUCCACCACUAUCACUGGAUCUACUGGCUUGGCCCUAUCCUCGGCGCUAUCGUUGCUGCAGGCUUUUACAAAUUUAUUAAGAUGCUGGAGUUUGAGACUGCAAAUCCGGGUCAAGAUGCGUCCAAGGCCAAGGAGGCUGAGGCGGCGAAGGAGGCCGCGGAGAUGGAAGAAGGACGGAUUCGCACUCAAGGGGUCGGGACAAGUGGCUCUGAGCAAGAGAUGCUGCCAAUGCGGAGAACGGAGCAGCCCGAUGGGUUCGUCAACUUCGAGAAGCAAGCACCAGGAGUAGUAGACACUAAUGCUGAUAGUGAGGGUCCGCGGUUGGAGAGCCCUGCUAUGGGAUCAGCCGACGCGGCAUUCCAUGGGCUGGCGUCUGGAGGAAUGCAUGGCGACGAAUCUCUUAACUAG